AGCCGAGAGACCGGGCGCAGAUCGCACUCUCUCCCAGGAAGCGCGUGCUUUCUCCCUCCCUCUCUCCGCCUCUCUCUCUCCUUUUUGUCCCUCUCUGUCCGUCCGUUUGCCACCCGUCUUUCUCUCGCUCUCCCUUUUUCCCCAUUUCUAUCGCGUGUCGUGCCGCGACACGUCGCGCUCUACCGCGCGACACCAGCCACCGCAUCGAGCCACCGAUCGAUCGACGGAUCGCCGAUCGAUCUCGCCGCAUAGCCCACCCCCGCGGCCAUCCUCCUCCGGAAGAUACUCUUCCUCUUUGCUUGGACAACCGCGAGUGUUUCACCCGCGUCAAGCUGUAGAAGCUGUGUGUCGCGAGUGCGAGUUUCUUCGCCACGUGCGCGCUCGAUCGCGCGUUCUAGCGACCCUCGGUGUGUGUAUUUAUAGUGCGCGAACAGGGUCACCCCGGCGACCGCGCGUGUCACCGUGCCGCGAUACCCCGUAGGGUUUCACCGACGAGGAGAGGAAGAUUUUUCGUGGGUGACCGAGUAAAACAGAAGAGAGUUUGUUGCACCGGCUGACCGGAUUCCCGCGGAUCACGAGUGUUUCUGGUUCUUUUGUGAAUCCAGCUAUAUAGAACAUCGACCGACGUUCAUGUCUCGGAAAGAGACUUCUUCUCGAGAGUGGAGUUGUGUCUUGUGCGUCGAUGGUGUGUGUCAACGUGUCGAUCCAGUCGCCUGUCUUGUCACCGCCGCACCCGCACCUCGAUCAACGAGGCCUCGCCUAACAUGCUCGACCGCCGACGCUCCGGCUGCUCUUCGCGGACGAAACUGAAUGGAACCGCCAACUAUUGGAGCGUCAAGUAUAGUGAAGAGAAGCCAUGUGAAUUUCCGUCAGCGACAUCGUUACCGAGACAAAAAGAUUCUAUCUAGUCAGUGUCCGUGGAUAAUCAGAUCAGUUGUGAUAAUAUGUGAAACUUAGUGCUUGAGUGUUGGAAUUAUUGGUACGAAGAUUCCGGUCUGUGACAGUGCUAAGUCGAAGGAAACACAAACCAACGAUCGCGCCUCGAUGACCAGAAGACUUAUCAGUGAAAUUUCGAACGCAUAGUAAUAUAAACAUACAGACGCGCGCGCGCGCGUGCGCGUAGUAUAUAUUCGUACGUAUAGGACAGAAAGAAGAAAGAGUUUAUUUAUUAAAAAAUAUCCAUCAAUCAUGGUUACCUUGGACACGGAGCAGAAGCUCGAGAGGCAACAUUGCGUGCGUCGCAUGUGUGCCAUUUGCAGACGCAUCAAGCGCGACAAAGCGCUGAAGGUGAAGCUUACGCUGAGGCGACCCAUCAAUCAGCUGGUUGCGCAAGGCAUCAUGCCAUCUCUGAAGACACCGCCGGCGUUUCACGAACAACGGAAGCAAUUGGAACGGGCGAAAACCGGUGACCUGCUGAAGGCGAAGAUCCAGCAGAGACCAGGUCGGGAGGAGCUGGUUAGACAGCAUAUCCUCGAAGAUGUAGGUCACGUGGAUCCGAGCCUGGCCGAAAGGCAACGGAUGCUGAAGAAGGCCAGGUUAGCCGACCAGCUGAACGACCAACUCAGUCAUCGACCUGGACCGCUCGAGCUCAUCCAGAAGAACAUUCUCCACACGGAGGAACCUAUUGAGAGGGCGGUUAAAGAGGGUCACAUUUCCUUCAAGGCCACCUGCGAAGGCCAAGUAACCAAGCCUCAGCAUCCAGACCAUUACAUCACCUUCGAGGAUGACUCUCAGAGUUCGGAAGGUGCACCGUCGCCCCAGCUGGAAUCUCGGUCGGACGUUCUGGAAACAGCGGCUGCCUCGGCUGGUAUAGUGACCGUUUCCCUUAGUAUUCCAACGACUGGCGGUGCCGUGGUAGUCUCGUCCACGUCGCCGGUGUUCCAACAAGCGUCGAACGAGUCGACGAUACAAACGUUCGCAGAACUGUGCAAUACGGUGGUGGGUUCGCAGCAGCAACAGCAGCAGCAGCAAUCCCAGCAGCAGGCGCAGCACAAUCAACAGCAUGCUUCUACGCAGGCGAGUCAGACAAACGGUCCAUCGACGACCCUCCUUCCACUGGCGCCGGCGCCGAGUCCGAUGUCCUUGGGCUCGACCACGUCCAGCCUGAGUCCCCUUUCCAAUAUCUCGAUAGCGUCGCCACCGGCACCACCGCCGGCCGCCAUCACCCCCAGGCCGCAACCAAGCCCCAUAGCCGCUUCCACGUGUCAGAGGAGCGACGCGCCCGGCAAGGAUAAGAACAGGAAGAAGUCGAAGACCAAAAGCCAACCGAAGACUCGUACCAUCAAGUUCCAUGAGUACAAAGGCCCGCCAAACGCUCAAAAGACCUCAGUAUCGUCUACAACUUCCGGCCUCGGGUCGGCACCGCCUGGCGAGACCAGCUACGAGCUACUCCUUCAGCAGCAACAGCUAUUUCUCCAGUGGCAGCUCGAAUGGCAGCAUAAGUACCCUCAGAUCAUUCUACCGGCAGCGCAAAAGCCGCCACUGUCUUUGAACAGCAGCGGUGCCAGCGACGCUGGAAGCAUCAGCGGAAGCAGCGUGAACGCGCCGAGUCCUGCACCCUCGAAUUCCUCGAACAACCCCUCGGAACAACCGCCCUUAAGGCCUUUGGGCAAGCUGGAAGACAUGAAAGUAAGUGAUCUCAAAGUAGAGUUGAAACGUCGAAACUUGCCGGUAUCUGGCUCGAAGCCACAGCUGAUCGAGAGAUUAAAGCCGUUCACGGAAUCGUCUAGCGGUAACUCGACGUCUAGCUCAAAUGGACCGCACGUGACGCACAUGGGCCACAUAUUGAUGGACACCCCGGGGCCAGUCACAUCCGACGAGUCGAGCUCCCAUGCCAAAAGUCCUGGCUCAGCCGUCAAGGACGAACCUAACAGUCCUCGCACGGAUUCGCCGCAUGGUAGCGAACACGACGAUCCGUCGAGUCCCCCAGCCCGUGUUUCAGGAGACGACAUAAUCAAAGAGCAAAGGAAACGGAUAGAAGAGUUGCAACGUGAAUUAUACAAGUCUCAACAGCAACUUCAGCAGAUCCGUCAAACUCAACCGUCUACGGUUCACGCUGAGAAGCUGGUGUUGCAGCAACACAUCCAGAACAAGAUGCAGCAACAGCAACUGGCGUUACAUUUGCAGCAGUUGCAGCACCUACAGCAGCAACAGCAGCAGCAGCAACAGCAACAACAACAGCAGAAUCAACAACAGUCUCAGCAGCAGACGCAACAGCAGCACGCUACGUUCCAGCAAUUGAACGCAAAAGCCAGCCUCGCUGCGUUCUUGCAGGCGCAGCCAAAUAAUACUGCUGCCAUUCUGGACUCUUCGACUCUGACUGCGAUUAAUAAUAAAAAGAAUCAGACCAAGAACAGUGCCACCGUGCAAAUACCCGCAGCGAUAGUUUUCAACCUGCCCAAGCCUACGAAACUAAAUGGCUCGCUGCUGAGCGCUUUGAUGGCGCAGGCGCAGGCUCAGCAACAGCAACAACAAACUGUUACUGCCGAAGAUGGAAAACCACCGCCUCCUCAGUACGACGAAGCCGCAAAACUUUUAAAGGUUAAAAUUGAACCGGUUCAAAAGAGUCACAUCAAGAGUCAAGUCGUGGACGAUGUGUUGGAGAUCCUGAUCAAAAAUGGCGAAUUACCACCGAGCGCCGCGCAGGACCCAGCCACACCAACGACACCGAACAGACAGCUCCAACAAAAUUUGGUGUUCACGGCACCAGCGGACAGUCAGACUCAUUCGUUGGUUUUCACCGCUGCUAGUCCAAUCAGUCCGAUCAGUCCGAUUGCCAUGGAGGUUUCCCAGAGUGAUUGCGUGAGUUCACCGGCGCCGGCGCCACCGCCACCGCCUCCUUUGCCUUUGGCAACCUUCUCUAUCCAGCUGCCAACCGCGUUACAACAGUUACAGCAGCAGGAAGAGAUCUCGUCGUUCAACACAGACCUGCUAACCUCGGAGGGUGACCUGGACGCCGCUAUGCUGCUCAGCCCGCAGUCCACCCAGCAAGCAUCGCCUGAUCCUCAGCCUCCUCAAGAAGUAACUUCUUCGGAUAACGCAAAUUUAGACCUCAAGGAACUCGAGUUGGACCUCGAAACUCUAGACACGAUGGAUUUCAGUCAAUUGGAUUGCGACUUAGGAGUAAAAAUGGAAGCACCCCAAGAGUUGAUGGACAUCGGCGACAUGCCCAUGGACAUGGACGAUCCAGACUGGCUGGAUUCUCUGAUGCCUCAGUCUCCUCCGACUGCUUCCACGGUGUCGAAUCAUCAGCCAGCCCCACCGACAAGUUUGUCGAGUGGUACAGACAUUUACGACCCGUUGCUAGCUAGUAGUCAAGACCCGUUUGAUCUCUUCAACAUGGAGGACUCCGACUUCAAGAUGUCUUCCGAUCUGUCACUAACUUGGGACAAAGUCGACUUCGCAACCUAGCCCGAGAUUUUUCCUCGGAGCUCGGCCUUGUGUACUUAAUCCACGUAUCAACGGGAAAACGAAAAGAUCCAGCGAGGCACAGAAACAACUUAACAACCUGGCAAAGCCAAGUGCUACACUUGUUGUGAUUAAUCUGUGACUACUUUUGGUGCAUUUUUAUGAAUCGUUUUGCAGUUGCUUGCCUCUGAUACUGUUUUCUAGCGAGUUCGGCGCUGUGCAACUUCCCGUGGACAUUCAAACUAUUGUACUUACGCGUACAACUUACGCUUCUCGAUAUCGAGCGAAGAACUUUCUUACGAAAACUGAACUAGGAAUAACUAGCUAUAUAAUUUUCAUGAAACCGCAAUUCUAGGUGAGUAAUUUAAACACGUGAAAAAAAGAAAGGUGCAUAAUUGCGAGAGGAUCGUAGCGUGGAAACGCAAGGGUGAGAACAAGACCGCGAAGCAAUCGUUUCUAAGGGGUUUUAUAAUAGAAGAUAAUUGUCAUCAGUGCACGAAUACUUUGGUCUUCCUCGGUCAGUAUAAGAACCAAUGCAUAGUACCGUCGUUCUUUCGUUUCAUCGGAUCGGUCGCGCAUUAUCGCGUGGAUUUUUUUCUGUAAUCAUUUGAGAUUCGAAUGAUCGUCCGAGCAGGACAAAUGUAGAAAGCGAAGAUGAGUUCGUAAUGGCGAAUGCAUCCUGCGAUCGGAGAUAAGACGACAACGACGAUAUCUUCAAAAUUCUCCAAAGAAUCUCCUUACGAACGUUUUAGCUAGUUUUUACUAUCCAGUCUACAGUCGUGUGUUGCUUGAGUUUUAAUAACUGCGAAUAGCAUGUGUGUUAAACAGGAAAACGGGAAAGCGGCGUAUAUGUUUUUCUCGUAUGCUUCUCCCUUCCAACCUCAUUUCCUUCGAACUACAUCCCUCCGAAACAGAACCUUAUUCAAUUUUAAUGGUAUAAUCGAAAUACUUAUUUAUGAAAAUAAGUAUAUUGUAACGGUUGUAAAACAAUUGUAUGUAUGUAUAUAUGUAUAUACGCAUAGAUAUACAUAUAUAUAUGCAUAUAUGUAAAAUAUAGUGUACGCUGAGUUCGAAAACACAGGUACGUUCGGUAAGACAAAAAGGAAAAUGUAAUUUAAAAAAAAAAAAAAAAGAAUGAAAGAAGAAGAAAAGGAAAACCAGAAGAAGCAAGAUCGACGGCUUUCCCGCACAGCUAUAUAUAAUUUUUCUAAGGCAGAGCAUGUGAUGUUAGAGAUUACACAUACAUAUUAUAAUCAAUAAUCGCAUAGAAAUUUUCAGAAUGGGUGCAAAAAAAAGGUAUACCGAUGUAAGGGUAUCGUGCGGUUCUCCUGUUUCUUCGUUUCCCUUUACGAAUCUUUUUUGUUGUUUUUGUGACAUUCCAUGUUUCCAAAUGAGCAAGAGAUCGAAGCUACGCGUACCACGAGCCACGCUUUUGUUCAUAAAUUUGUGCAAGAGUUAAGAAGGAUUCGUCUCAGAAUUUUGAUUGGCCGAUCGAAGCUUCUAACCUAACUUUAUACGUCGCAUUGUACCCAAUUCGAAACGAUAAAUGCAGCUAUGUUUAUUUAAAUUGGACUGUGCCAAGAUGUUGCUGUAUAGGUUAUGUUUGUAUCGUAUGUGUUUCAUGUUGUAUUCUACUAAACGUACGCAAAAUAGAAAGCACCAGGGAAGAAGCCACGCGCCUUCCAUUUCUCUGAGACAUUCUUUGCAGAACCAAGUGGCUUCGUACGCCGAUGUAACGAUAAAGGAUCGCACUGCCUAAAUCGGUAAUAAGGAGCGAAAGUGUUGAAUGCGUACAGUGUUACCUAGCGUGAUUAAUACGUGAAAAUGUAUGUGAGUGCGUCGAGACGGUAUCAGCGUAUGAGAUCAGCGAUGGUGCUAAUUGAAACCCCACUUAAAGCUAUCAGUUGUCCUCGAGUGGCCGCGAUUGAAUCACAAAGCAAUCUUUUACAGUACGGUGCAAUAAAAUUUCUGUAAUUCAGGAUACUUUUGUUAAAGUAAAAAAGUAUCUUAAUUUUUUUACGAUGUGUGAAUUCAAAUACUAAAGACGAAGAGUGCUUUGUUGAUUCGAUUAGGCGUAGUCCCUUAUUUUCACGAUAGAAAGUGGCACUUUGGCAAGCAAAUACAUACCAUCAUCGUUCACCCCAUAUCGCACAAAGAAGCAGCAAAAAGCAACAUUCCAAACGUUCUUCACAUGCAAUAGAGAAACAUCGUAUCAGCCCCGAGACACCAUGCUCCUCGUAGAAACAAUGAAGCAAUCAGUCGCGAUGCACCCUCAUUUUACGGUAGUUCCUUUGCAAAGCACUAAUUCUCACUUAACGUGUUUCUCAAUCAAUAUAAACGACCCGGAUCGUAAAUACUUAAAUGUCUUAACGAAAUUGACGAUCGAAUGUAAUUACAAAUACAAGCGGGUGAAUAAAACAAGUAUAUUCGGAGUAAAACUCGAGCGCAACACCUUUCGCGCGCCAUAACUCAUUCAAUUUACAGUGCCCUCUCGUGUUUACGGUCAUAAUCAAUUCAGAAUCCGUGCAUUUAAAUCGAACCUGGUCCCAUUUAUUCGAUUGAAUAUUAAAAAUCGCUUUGUAACUACACUACUAAUUUUGCAUUUAAGCUCCAUAGCGCGGGAAAAUAUGGAAAAAGAGGAAUGUUUCCACGAAAAUACAGAAGAGAACAUGGUGCGUGAUCGGGGUAGAAAAUCGUGCCAAAAAUCCCCUUGCCACCGCGUAUCGCUUCGUCAUUACAAUUGUACCACCCGUUGCCAUGACAAUAAAAGUUUGUAUCGUGUUGUAAAAUAUUGUAUCAUACGUAAAUUAGAGUCAUGAGUAUGCUGACUUGUCAUCUAUGAAACGGGCUUGCUUGUACAAAUAUGUUUAGGAUAAAACAAUUGCGAUAUUUAAUCGCACUUAAGUGAUCACAAGCAAGCGGACGACCAGCGCCAUCGACCAACAUAUAGCGUACGAUCCCUCAUCGUUUUUGUUUCUUUUUUUUAACGUAUUGCAGCAAAUAUCGUUGCUUAGCAUUGUAAUCCUGUAAUUAUUUCAUUUUCUUCGAAUCAUGAAUCAUGAAAUCUAUCGAUGAUUGAUUGAUUGAUUUGUCAGGCUGUGCGAAUCUGAUAGUCUGUCGUGAAACGCGUGAAAGUGUCUUUGUUUGUAUAAUCGAGCGUAUGAGAAUAUUGUCGGAUGAAUAUAUGAACAACAACAAAAAAAAUAAGCGAUUAGAUGAAAUUCUACGGGACGAGACUCGUCUGUAUAUAGAGUUUUUGUGAAAUAUACUUAUAACAUGCUACGUGCGGUUAUACUGAAAGUAACAAAAGAUAAUGUAAUACGAACAUGAGCAUGCGUACGCGCGGACACACACCUACAUACAAUCACACGAACAUAUUUUGUAUGAGCAUGCGAAAAAGAAAAAGGUAUAAGUUUUGUUAAGUAUCUAUGAAUUUAUUGUAAUGUACGUUUAAGUAACGAUCACGUAAUUAUUGCUAGAGAGAGUGUUAUUUAUUUUUAUUUGUUGCAAAUUUAUCGAUUGCCUUCCAUUUGAGUAAAUAAAUAAAUUUAAAGUUA